AAAUUACCGUCCCGCGAUCUUUUUUAUCACAUCCUGAUAGUUUUAUUUAGUUAUUCCUUUCGCUACCCCGCCACGAACACCUAUCCCUCGUUCUUGUCAAGAGUCGAGCCAUCCUCGAGCCAUCCUUCCUUCACGAUGGCUCCCUCGCUGGUGGAUCAGGCCGAUCUGGACAUUGCCACAAUCGCACAACUUGUCCAACCGCCCCAGGUUCCCCCGCACCGCUCCCACGACUCGAAUAACAACCUGAAACGCACCGACCCUUUCCAGUUCGGUUCACGUUAUCUAGAAGAGGGCGAUGACGUAUGGGAAUUCAAUGCCUGGGACCACGUCGAGACCGACGAGGACUACCGUCAGUACGCAGAACUCCAGAUCGCCAAACAGAGAGAGGCACCCGUGUCGGAAUUCGACCAGCAGCGAUUCAACGGCGAUCCCGCCAAGUGGUGGAACCUGUUCUACAAGAACAACAAGGCCAACUUCUUCAAGAACCGCAAAUGGCUGCGCCAGGAGUUUCCCGUACUCGCGGACGUGACGCGCAAAGAUGCCGGACGAAAAGUCGUGCUGGAAGUUGGCGCAGGAGCAGGCAACACCGCUUUUCCUUUGUUGGUGAAUAACGAGAACGAGGAGUUGAUGGUGCAUGCUUGUGAUUUCUCCAGUACGGCUGUCAAGGUGAUGCGGGAAAGUGAGCAUUACAACCCGAAGAACAUGACCGCGGACGUCUGGGACGUUACGGCACAGGGAGAGGGUUCGCUACCACCAGGUCUGACCGAGGGGUCUGUGGAUCUUGUUGUUCUCAUCUUCAUUUUCUCUGCCUUGGCUCCGGACCAGUGGAAUCAAGCACUGCACAACAUUUACCGAGUGCUGAAGCCUGAUGGAGAAGUCCUCUUCCGUGACUACGGCCGUGGUGAUCUGGCGCAGGUACGCUUCAAGAAGGGACGGUAUAUGGCGGAGAAUUUCUAUGUCCGUGGUGAUGGCACGAGGGUGUAUUUCUUCGACAAGCAGGAACUUGCAGAUAUGUGGGGGAGAUGGACGCCAGAAAAGGGCAUACAAAUCGACAACCAAGAAGAGACAAAUCCUGAGGGCACAGUAGUCAGGAAGACGUAUCAUGAUGGAGUGUUCCAGAUUCUCAAUCUGGGCGUCGACCGGAGGUUGCUAGUCAACCGAAAGCGAAGGCUAAAGAUGUACCGCUGCUGGAUGCAGGGAUACUUCAAGAAGCGUGACCUGCUCACCACAGAUUCCACCCAGGAAUCUUCGGCUUCAAAGGAAGAAUCAUGAUUCAUGCGCAUGGAAGACAAGAUCAAUUAUCUAGGAGAAGUCUCGAGCAGCUGCCUUCCAGUCUUUGCCAUCCAGACGGACACCAACCUACUACAGCGCAAAGCGCUACAGCUACAGCUACAUGCUUCCAUGACAAUGCUAGGACAUAACCCUAUCCUAGAAACACACCAACGCAAGCGCUCGACUCCAGACCCCCCAUACCUAAAAGGUCACUAGAGCCGUCGCCAGCAAAGAGCAGACACGCGCGCCUGAGACGCCAGCAGCAAGACGAUGUUGAUAGUCAAAACAUACGAUUGUAUAUAUACCACCGCAUAAAUUCUAGACUAGAAUAAUAGAUAGAGCCUCGAGGGAUCUAGAAUACAUAUCAUGACACAAGUCUGCAUCGAUCUG